UACUGUUGUAAAUGUUUUCGUUUGAAAUCGUUUUGUUGUACAUACGUUGUUUUCUAUCAUCAAAUAUUGUUUCACUGUUUUCCUUCGUCUAUUUCAAACAACUUUUAUUUAAAGAUAUCUAUGUAUAUAGUGAGUCAUACAUUUCUCGUUUAGUAGUAUUCAUUAUUAUUAGUGUAAAUAGAAAUUGAGAAAUAAAUGUGUUACGUGCAAAAGAAGUCAUUGAUAUAAAUUCAGUUUUGUGUUCAUUUCGAUUAGAAAGAUAUCAGACAGUAAUUGAAAUGUAAUAAAUACAAUAAAAAAUCUUGUUGCAGUAAUCUGUGUCUGUUUUGACUUCAUUGUAAAAUGAUCUUUAUUUGUAGUUGGUACUCCUAAAUUUAUAACCACCAGAAGAUGGAUAAUGAAUUAAUAGAUAUAUCAACGAGCUUUAAACUCCAGAUAGGAUAUGGUAUUGGCCAUGUACUAAAUGAUGUAUGUGCUAGCCUAUGGUUUACUUAUUUAAUAGUAUUCUUUCAUUUAGUGCUAGAAUUUAGUGCUUCCCAAGCAGGGAACUUAAUGUUGAUAGGACAAGUUGUUGAUGCUUUAGCUACACCUUUUGUUGGCUACCAUUCAGAUCAUACUGAUAACUUAGUUAGUACUAAGUAUGGUAAAAGAAAGUUGUGGCACCUUUUUGGUACAGCAUGUAUAUUAGCAUCUUUUCCAUUCAUAUUUUCACAAUGUGUUGGAUGUUCAAUGACCCAUAAAUGGGCGCAAAUGUUUUAUUUUUCAUCAUUUAUUAUAAUAUUCCAAAUUGGCUGGGCAGCUGUGCAGAUUUCACACUUAAGUUUAAUACCUGAGCUAGCUGACGAUGACCAUACAAGAUCACAUCUCACUGCUGUCAGAUAUGGGUUUACUGUAUUCUCAAAUCUAUUUGUUUAUGUUAUUACAUGGAUUGUUUUACGUGUUACUGGUGAAUGUGAUAAGGAACAAGUGGGACCAGCAGAUGCUUGGAAAUUCAGACACAUCGUAUAUAUAGUAUUAAGUGUGGGCAUAAUUGCAUCAAUACUCUUUCACUUUUUGGUGACUGAGAGACGAACAAACAGUCAUCGAGAUCAACUGAUAGAUUAUGAUAAUAACACACCAAUUCAGACGCACUGUGAUUUCCUCAAGAAACCAGUAUUAUACCAGGUCGCUGGUGUUUACAUGAGCACAAGAUUAGUAGUAAAUGUGUCACAGGUAUUAAUUCCUUUGUACCUUCAUCGGACACUAGGCUUGGCCGCUCGCUCUCUUGCCGUUAUACCUCUUGCUAUGUACCUUGGGAGUCUGGCUGCAGCGGGUGUACAGAGGCUGAUCCCAAGGUCUUUCACGCGAAAAUUAAAUUAUUUAUUGGGAUCUGCAUGCGCUCUUUCUGGUUUUGUGUGGAUUUAUAUUGAAUCAGACGAUAAUUAUAAAAUUUAUUACAUUUAUUUAGUAGCUGUGUUGAUAGGAUUUGGAGGUGCAGUUAUGCUAGUAACAAGCCUGGCACUGACUGCUGAUUUAGUAGGAGCUAGUACUGAAGCAUCCGCCUUUGUCUACGGACUCAUGAGUUUUACAGAUAAGCUUGCUUGUGGCAUUGCGAUAGCAGCAAUACAAAUGUACGCUGAUGGUGCCGACUCAUCCUAUUAUCGAGACGUAUUAUCGUGGGUGUGCGGGGGCAGCGUUAUCCUGGGGCUCAUACUCACUUUAUUGUUACCAAAAUUUGCACGCGUCGUAGUAAUUCCGAAUGGUGAACUCUCGCCAAAUACCGAAGAUCCAACUAGAGUUGCGCCUCCAGAUAUUUUAUAAUACAAAGUUAUCCACAUAAUGUAUUUUAGCCAAUUAUAUGCAAGUUCAGUACAUUGCCUCUGAAAGUGAAACACGCUCAAUGGGAAAAUAAGUUCCUGACAUAUUUCUCUAAAUAAAAAGACGAAAUAAGAUAUUAUCAAGAUCUUUUAGUAAAUAUUAUGUAUUAUAGUAUAAAUGUGUUAAUAAAGUAGUUACUAAAAUAACUUUUGAAUAUUACUUCUUUUAACAUAACCCAUUGGACAGGUACUAUAUUAUUUAAGGCUAAGGCAUGGUUCUUGAUUCUAAGAAAAAA